GGAAGUAGAAGGGGCUGGCCGGAAGUGAGCGCAACGCCGCCAGUCUCGAGAUGAAACCAGCUGUGGAUGAGAUGUUUCCCGAGGGCGCGGGGCCCUAUGUAGACUUGGAUGAGGCUGGAGGUAGCACCGGGCUCCUGAUGGACUUGGCAGCCAAUGAAAAGGCAGUUCAUGCGGACUUUUUUAACGAUUUUGAAGAUCUCUUUGAUGAUGAUGAUGUCCAGUGAGGCCGUCGGGUCAUAUAUGCUCCAUGUCUGUGAUGUGUCUGGAGUCUCCGGGGACAGGAUCACCUGAUUGUAGACACGUGUGACUAUCACUAGGUAUCAAGACCUAGUCAGCCAAUAGGGGAACUGCCUGAACCAACUGGGUACUGAUGCCUCUGGGAAUGCCAGCCCCAUGUCCUUGUUUAAAUUAAUAAAGAGCACUAGAACACA